AGGAAGUCAAGCAUGCUGGCAUUGCUGCUCCUUCUCGUGCCGCUAGGGCUCAGCGGCAAAUCGACACGGCCAUCCGCCGGCGAAAUUUCGGAGAAUCCAGUCGCGGCGGAUCUAACGCUUGCACAGGCGCCCAAAUUUUCGGAUUCUUCACUAGGUUUCAGGCUCACGCCAGAUGGUACUGUGCACGCGAUCGAUGACACUGGCAAGUAUUUCUGGUCUUUUUCGUCUGGAGGGAGCUCGCUCGUGGAGAUUGAGCCGAUUGAGCAGUAUGCCGACGAGGCGGAGCAUUUCGACCAGGAUUACGAGACUUUAAAGAAGUACAUUGCUGAGAGCCCGAUCGUGAGCGAGGGUGGCGUGGUGAUAGGGGCGUCUUUGAAAUCAGUGUUCGUGGUCGACCCCAGCACCGGGACUCUGAUCCACAAGUUUGACAUCAACGGAACAACGUCUGGGAAGGAUGCGGAGCCGCUGCUAUCCUCGAUGCUCAAGGACUUUAAGCCCCUCUUCUUGACUUUGCUUGUCUCUGAUGGAAAGCCAUCCAAGCGCAAGUUUCAAGGCACGAAAUUCACACCGAUUAUCGUGGAGCCACCGUAUUACCUCGACUACCUUGUCAAGAACCACACCUUACCUCCAGUCUCGGCUCCUUCAAAUGCGAUUCUGGCACUUCCUAGCGGAUCCAAUCCCAGAAACAGCACCAACAGCGGCAGGGGAAGCUUUCCAGUUGGGUGGCUUUUCGGUGCACUGCUUGCAUGUCUGGCUGUGGUAACUCUGGUGCUGAAAGGAGUGCUACACUUUGGACAGAAAGAAAAGCAGAAGAAGGAAAAGGAGCAGCAGCAAAAGCGGAAGAAACGCAGAGGUCCGAAGGGUGAUCGAGCCUCUCAAGAAAACGUUAGUAAACAGGUGGAUGAUGCGAAAGUGGAUCAACCGAAAAAGCAGGAUGCAGAUGGAAGAAUUGGGAGCUUGACGAUCUCUAAGAUAGUCAUCGGUUACGGAAGCCAUGGCACCAGGAUUCUCGAAGGCAAGCUGGAUCAGAGGCAGGUAGCUGUGAAGUCGAUACUUAGCGGCUUUUACCACAAAGCCUCGAAGGAAAUAGCUGCUCUCAUCGAGCUGGAUACUCAUCCAAAUGUGGUGCGGUACUACUCAAUGGAGCAGGACAACGACUUCGUCUAUAUAGCUCUGGAGAGAUGCAGCUUUAACCUGGAAACAUUUAUUCUCGUGCACGCUGCUGGCGCAGACAAUCGAACUGAAGUAAACGAGUUCGAGGAGAAAGAACUCCAGGAAAUUUUGCAGCAAAAGCUCACCUUGUGGGAUAGGUCCUGCCUUCCAAGCCCGUUGCUCAUGAGACUGAUGAGAGAUGUUUUGGAAGGACUCGUUCAUCUUCACAAGCUCGGCUAUGUUCAUCGAGACUUGAAGCCUCAAAACGUCUUGAUUCUUCGGAGUGGCACUUUUCUGAGCGCAAAAAUAUCCGAUAUGGGAAUCAGUAAGCGGUUGAAUGAUGGAGCGUCAGGCAUUGACAAGCUUACUACUGGUAUGGGCAGUUCCGGCUGGCAAGCACCCGAACAAAUCCAGGGCGAGCGGCAAACUCGAGCUGUGGAUAUGUUCAGCGUUGGUUGCCUACUUUACUUCUGCAUCACUGGCGGACAGCAUCCAUUUGGAGGCCGACUGGAGCGUGACAUGAACAUUGUGUCUGGUAAAAUGGAUCUCUUUGCUGUAGAUCACUAUCCAGAAGCUAUCGACAUCAUUUCAAGUUUGCUUGCCAUGGAUCCCAAAGACAGACCAACUUCUAUGCAAGUAAAGCUUCAUCCAUUUUUCUGGCCCCCGCAACAGCGCUUGCAGUUUCUCAUCACUGCUAGCGAUCGUGUCGAACGCGAGGAUAGAGAAGCCAGCUCGGCGGUACUGACUGCGCUGGAGGCCGUGGCUCCGACUGCGUUGGGCGGCGCAUGGGAUGAGAAGCUGGACCCUUUACUCAUCAACAACCUCGGCCGCUACAGGCAAUAUAACUAUCAGGCCGUGCGGGAUUUACUCAGGGUCAUUCGUAACAAGGCGAACCAUUACAGGGAGCUUCCUGCCGAUGUACAGCAAAUACUAGGAAGCAUUCCUCAAGGCUACGAGAGCUACUUCCGGACUAGAUUUCCGAAGCUCCUCAUGGAAGUUUACAAAGUUAUAGCAGACCACUGUUGGGAGGAGGAAAUGUUCCAACCGUAUUUCUCCGAGGCCGACGACUACUUAUGAUACACUCCAUUAUUAUCGGUGUCAGCGAAAGACCACUCGCAGCAGCUCGAGCGCUCUGGGCCUUUAAGAUUCGUGCGCUUGCAGAUAAUUCUUUGUCUUGUUUCAACCAGCGCCUGCGAGACAAAGACAAACAAGGUCUCUUCUUCUCUCCCGUUUUUUAGCUUCUCGAGCUUCUACAUUGGUUUCUUCGAAAAGUUUGUAAGUGAUUCCAUUCCUUUGGUUUUAAAGUUCUCUCCCAGCAUCACGCGAGCAAUGCCACCGUCCUCGAUCAUCCGCCAGGCACUGGAAGCUCUGGCCAGUGGCAAAUGCGUCGCCAUUCUCGACUCGGAGCCUCGCCGGGCGCGCUCCGUACGCUCCGUACGCAGGCCGGGGGCGAGCUCUACAUCGCCAUCGGCAGCGAGGUGGCCACGACGUUCGGGUUGCCGUACAUGGGUCAGGUGCUGGCCAUGGCCCAUUCCCACCCCGUGCUGCAGUGCAGUGCCAAAGGUACGGCAAUGUGCCAGGGCUCAUGCUCGGUUGGAAUCUCUUUGGACCACAGGAGCCUCAAGACUGGGGCGUCCGACGUGGAGAGGAGCUACACGUGUCGCCGCCUGGCUGGCCUGUGGCGCGAGCACAGCUGUGCCUCCAAUGGCAAUGGUGGUAUUGUCAAGCCUCUUACAAGUGCCCAAGAGGCAUUUGGGAGAGAAUUUCAUGCUCCAGGCCAUAUUUUUCUCUGUGUGGAGUGCAAAAGCAGCAGGGAUCUCUCCUCUCAUGGUUGGCUGUGUGAUGCUGUGUAAUGAGGGUGAUGACUUUGGAGCCCUUCCACCUCAGGAUGCCAGAUUCUGGGCUGAAAAGCACCAAGUACCAUUCUUAGCAGGCCAAGAGAUAUUUGAUUUCACCAAUGGCUUAGCUUGAUUGGAAAGCUGGAAGAUAAGUUUCAUGAAUCUCUAAAGUGGAGAGGUGUUUGCAUUUCAUUCAUUCAUUCGUUAGCUGGGUUUUGCGGUGCC